AUGAAAGCCAUCAUCUUUGCGCUUGGCCUUUUGGUCGCCGUAGUGAGGACUGGUCGUGUUACCAAUGCUCCUCACGUUCCUCACAUCAACGCCAGAGAUGUUGGCGCUAACGGACGCCCAACCUCGUACCCCGUCAACUAUUUUGACCAGCAGAUUGAUCACUUCCCCAAUAGUGACAGAUACUCCCCUCAUACCAAUGACACGUUCAAGCAGCGGUACUAUUUUGACAGCACCUACUACAAGUCUGGUGGUCCUGUCUUCCUCUACAUUGGAGGCGAGACAUCUGGUCCUAGCAGAUGGUCGAACCUACAGACAGGAAUAAUUCAGAUCCUCAUGGAGGCAUUCAAUGGCUUGGGCGUAAUCAUCGAGAACCGUUACUACGGAGAGAGCUAUCCCUACAACACGUCGACUACGGAUGAGUUGGCAUACCUGACCAACGAGCAGACAAUUGCGGACUUCGCCAAUUUCGCUCAACAUGCUACCUUCCCCAAUGUCACUGGAGACUUGACUGCACCUGGAACACCCUGGAUCCUAUACGGUGGUAGCCUAGCAGGUGCUGAGACGGCGUUCUCCAUCAAGCAGCACGGCGAUAUUCUCUACGGUGGGAUUGCUUCCAGCGCCCCCAUCUGGCUAUCUGUUGGCUACUCCAACUGGUACAAUCCAAUUUUGAAGUAUGCACCUCAAGACUGCGUGACUCGUAUCAGUCGAAUUGUCGACAACUUCGAUGCUGUGGUAGCGUCUGGUGACCGAAGCACCGUCAACAACUUCAAGGCGCUUUUCGGUUUGGAGUCGCUCACCGACGAUCGUGAUUUCGCCAUGCUUAUUGCCAACCCAAUAGGGAACCCCGGUUUCUAUCAGACAGCCACUUGGCAAGAGAUUGGCUGGAAGAACGGCGCCAACGACUUCUUCGAGUUCUGUGGUAAUGUGACGAAUAUUGACGCCCCAGAAACCAUCACCCAAGUCGACUAUGCUCUAGCCAACUACACAAAAGGCCAACCCUGGGCAGGCCUUGGCGGCUAUGCGGACUACGUCAAGCGGGAAGUACUGCCCUUAUGCCCGAACGGAGAUUACAACAGCAAUGACUGCUUUGGUACCCAGAAUGCCAGCUGGUGGGCCGACACUUCCAACUCAGGCACGCGUUCCUACGUAUACACCAGUUGCGUCGAACAGGGGGCUUACAUCGACUCGCCCAAGUCAGGACCGGCGCUUCUCUCCCGGGUCAUCAACACCACCUACGAGCAGCAAUGGUGCAAGUGGGCUUUCCCAGACGGAAAGUUUAACAAGAUCCCGGACUCACCUGCCGUCGAGGCUUAUAAUGCCUUCGGCGGCUUCGACUUCCAAGCAGAUCGACUGGCUUUCAUCGACGGAGAUCAAGAUGUGUGGAAUGAUCUCUGCUUCCACUCCGACUUUGCGCCGCAGCCGCGUCCCCAAUCGACGGACCUGCAUCCCCACUACUUGAUCACAGGCGCUGGACAUCACUGGGAUAGCUCGGGCAUACUUAACAUCGAGGCCGAGCCGCAGUUUAUCAGAGAGGCCCACAAGUGGGAAAUCCGAACAGUGAAGAAGUGGCUUGACAAGUUUUCUGACUGGAGGGCUGCUUUUGCUCCAGCUAAAGGAGGUGCAGCUCAGUCAACCCGGCAUUAA